GUGAAGAGAAGACCCGUAUUUCAACAAUCACUCCCAAAAUCCCAAUUCCAAAGUGCCAACACCAAAACGUGCUUUCUUACCCCAUUAAAACAACAAUUACUAUUACAUGAAUACACCUGUAGACUACACACCACCACGCUUCUUUCAGAUCUAUCAUCCUCUCUCCUCAAAUUUCUCAUACCAAAAUUCAAACGUUCUCAAAUUCCCCGCAAUUUCAAACUUGCAUUAUCAAUUUUAUGUCAUUGAAUCUCUUUUUUGACUGAUUGAAGUUCAAAGAUGUGGAGUUCAAUUGCUAAUUUGAAAGAAAACCUAAACAAGAUUGCUCUCGAUGUUCACGAUGAUGAUGAUGAUGAUGAAGACGAAGAGUUUUCGAUCCAUGGCCGCGAUUCUCCGUACUCCGAUCGCCGACGUUCUCACAGUCUUGCUCAUACCAAAUCGGCGUCGAACUCUCCGAUAAUGUCAAAUGGAACCGAUUCGCCUUACGUUUCUGAGAUUGAGCGUUAUAAAGCGGAGAUCAAGAAGCUUAGAGAAUCGGAAGGCGAAAUCAAGGCGCUCUCAGUUAAUUAUGCAGCUUUGUUGAAAGAAAAAGAAGAUUAUAUAGCCAGAUUGAAUCAAGAAAAUGGCUCUUUGAAAGAAAAUCUGGAAGUAACAAAUGCUGCCCUAAGUGCAACCCGACAUGAAGCUUCCAGAACAUCUACGAGUAGUAUGAAUGUGACGAAGGGAAGUGGAGAAAAAUCUCCUAGCCGGCAGAACAAGCAUGGAACCCUUGUUAAAAAUCGUUCUGGUGGAUACCACUGGCAAAAUGGUGUUGUCUCUAAACAGGAUGGGAACAGUAAUGGAUUUGUACUUACAAAUCAAGUUGAUUCGCCAUCCAGUUAUCCAGAUUUGGGUCAUGAAAAGGAGCUUGCAGAUAUGUUAGAAGAGAAAAACAGGUUGCUGGCUGCUAUGCAGAAUGAUCAUGAGUUACAGAUGAAAAAAUUGAGUGCAGAAUUGAAUAAAGAACGCGAAGUAUUGUCAAAUACAAAACUCAAAUUGCAAGAAGAAGAAAAGGUGAGUGAUUCCUUAACAAAAGAGCUCAAGGCGUUGAAAUCAGGUCAUAAUGAAACAUCAUCUGAGGCGAAUAAGCUACGCCAAGAGCUAGAUGAAAAAGAAUCGGAAAUAAAUCGUUUACAAUUGGAGCUCCGUAGAAGAGAGAAUGAAGGAACAAAUGAUGCAGACAGUAUGAGAAGAAUAAUUGCAGGUGUGGAGAAGGAGAAUGCUGAGCUAAAGAUGGAGAAGGAAAAACUUGAAUCUGUACUCAAAGAGACUUCUGGAAGAGGCACAAAGCAGUCUGGCAAUUUGGAUGAGAGUGCAUAUGCAUCAGCGAACGUCCCUGGUAAAGUUGAGUUGGAGCAUUCUCUGCGACUGAUUGAGAAAGAACUUAAAGAAACACGUAGAGAUAGGGAUAAAGCCAAGCAGGAGCUUGCUCGUCUGAAGCAACACUUAUUAGACAAGGAAUUAGAAGAAUCAGAAAAGAUGGAUGAGGAUAGUAAAAUUAUAGAGGAACUUCGGCAGCAUGUUGAAUACCAGAAAGCAACGAUCUCAAAUUUGGAAAGAGCCUUGGGGCAAACACGUGCAAGUCAGGAGGAGAUCAAAAUGAUGAAUGACCAUGAAUUGCGGAAGUCUAAAGAAGUAAUUGAAGACUUGAAGAAGAAGCUUACUAGCUUCAUGAGUGCAAUUGAUGCCAAAAAUACAGAAAUUCUGAACCUGCAAACUGCUCUUGGACAAUACUAUGCUGAAAUUGAAGCUAAGGAGCGUCUAGAAGUUGAAUUGUCACUAUCUAGAGAGGAGUGUUCAAAGCUUUCACAACUUCUGCAGGAUUCAAAACAGCAAGUUGAAGAAUCAGACAAGGAGAAGGAAGAACUUUUAGUCAAGCUUGCACAAGCAGACAAGAUUGUAGCAGACUGGAAUAAUCGGGUAAAUAAGCUUGAGGAGGACAAUGCUAAACUACGGCGGGCACUUGAGCAAAGCAUGACAAGUCUCAAUAGGAUGUCAGUGGAUUCUGAUUUUCUAGUUGACAGGCGCAUCGUCAUCAAAUUACUUGUGACAUACUUUCAGCGAAAUCACAGCAAAGAGGUUCUUGACCUCAUGGUUCGCAUGCUGGGAUUUUCAGAUGACGAUAAGCAGAGAAUAGGUGCCUCUCAGCAAGGCGCUGGAAAAGGUGUAGUGCGUGGUGUUCUGGGAUUCCCUGGUCGCCUUGUUGGUGGCAUCAUGGGUGGAAGUUCUGCAGGGACACCUGCAAAUAUGGCUUCAGAUGAUCAGUCUUUCGCGGAUCUAUGGGUUGAUUUUCUUCUUAAAGAAACUGAAGAGAGAGAAAAGAGAGAGUUCGUGGAACCUAUUGAAGGGUCCAAGAGUGCUCCUGCUAGUGGCAGUAGUCCAAGUACCUCAGCUGCUCAAUCAGCCUUGCCGGACCGAAGAGGAGGUACUAGUGGUCGUCCUCCUAUCUUUAGUACCACAAAACCAUCUAUUGAUACAUCAAGAUCAGCAUAUACCUAUCAGAGCUCUAGGCCAUAUGACAAUUCUGGUUCUGAGUUUUCAACAGUUCCUCUCACGCCCUCAGGCAAAGAGUUCUCGUAGUUUUGAGGCUGUUACCUGAACGCAAAUGAUGUGUGUAAUUAAUCAAAAGUGACUUUUUCAGUGAUGAAUACAUUAACUCGCCAAUACACAAAUUACACAUCGAUGACCAGUACGAGGACAUGGCUAUUGGCUACGAGUGGAAUACAAUAGCGACAUGCAUACCAGUGACAAGACAACUUAAUGAUUAAUACGUUAAACUCCCACCACCUGUGCACAGAUCGCUUUGAAAGAUCUCCUGUGGUCCAUAGUGCAUAUGCGAUGUCGGUAACUGUACCAACGAUACUCCCUGAUACCGUAAGAGUACUUUUCGCUAUUUACGGAUUAUAUAUAGACUAAAUUUCAGAGAGAUACUUAUUAGUUCCUCAAUUAUCAUUGAUUGAUGACACGAAGUUGGGAUUUACCAUACAAUUUAACAAUAAUAGCUCACGCCCAACAAUUUAAUCAAAGCUUAUCUUCAUCAUUAAUAUUUCAGUGCUUCGGGGUCACUAAAAUAUAAAAAAAAAAUUGGUAGAAAGAGAACACUAUCCAAACUAAAAAUUUCAUAGAAAUUAGUGUAUGAAGAGUUGCCAGAAAUAAGAAAAGACUGUAAAUAUAAAGAGAACUACUACCAAACUCUAGUAGGAGUGUAUAAUAUGGAUAGCACAGGGACAACAGCAGAUCAUUGCUGUGAGACUAAUACAUCACAAUUACAACAUUAGCAAAACCUAUUACCUAUCCAAAAGCAAAGAGAACCAUGUCCACAAAUAAAUAAGAUUAUGUAGCUCUACUGUGCUUCUAAUUUCUCCUGUAAACCAACAAAUUGUCAACAACAACCAAAAACAAGAAAAUUGCCACAAAGCUUACAAAAUCUGGUAACUUCUGAGCUAAUCCCGGCAAUAACACUAUCUUAGGCCACAAAAGUCAAAUGCAAAUAGCCAAAAUGCAAUAGCCAAAAUGCAAUAGCCAAAAUGCAAAUAGCCAAAAUGCAAAAGCCAAAAGGUGAGGUGAGUAGCACAAUGGAUGGACCUUCAGGUAAAUAAAGAGUUAGGAACCUUAUCCUAACAAUCGUCGCACAAGGCUUGUUUAAUGUCUGUGCCUCUAAUCUGCCUUCUUGUUCUUCAAAGGUCCUCUUGGAAUCUUACUUAUGUACUUCUCAUUUACCACACCAUAAUGUUUCUUGGCUUCAGCCAUUG